AUGGCCGAACGAUUCCCAGGCGACGGCGCGGCGGCAAACGGCUUCGCCCGCUGCCACCUUCAUGAAAAUGAAGCUCGGCUCCUCUUCGAGGUCGAAUACCCGGUCCCGUCGGACAUGCGAGUGCCCGGGGCAUGGAGAAUCAGCGCCGGCGGGGUCCCGGUGCCACCACCGCCCACCGGGGCGGCGCGUCAUGCAGAGAUCGCGCAUGUUGACGAGUGCCUGCAGCCAGAUAAAUACGUCUGCAAUGGUAUUUGCCAGAAUAAUGUUGGGAACUAUGCAUGCAUCAAGUGUCCUCGUGGAACAAAUUUCGAUGUCGUCACAAGGAAAUGCAAACCAUCUAGUGCAAUAUUAGGUGUCACUAUUGGACUAAGCAGUGGCGGAGGCAUCCUGUUUCUUGCCGCAGUUGUUGCUAUUCUUACUCGGAGAUGGAAGAGAGGCGUUCAGAAACGCCUGAGAAGGAGGCAUUACGGGAAGAACAGAGGCAUUCUGCUAGAACAGCUGAUCUCUUCCGACAAAAGUGCCAGCGAUGGCACAAAGAUAUUCUCCCUGGAGGAGCUGCAAAAGGCGACGAAUAACUUCGAUCACGCCCGCGUGGUCGGACGCGGCGGCCACGGCACUGUGUACAAGGGCAUCCUUACCGACCAGCGCGUGGUGGCCAUCAAAAAAUCAACGCUCGCGGUGAUCAGCGAGAUCGACCAGUUCAUCAAUGAAGUGUCCAUCCUGUCGCAGAUCAACCACCGGAACGUGGUGAAGCUCCACGGAUGCUGCCUCGAAUCCGAGGUCCCUCUGCUCGUCUACGAGUUCGUCUCCAACGGCACGCUCUACGACCUCCUACACCGCGAGCUCAACGGUGGCUUGUCGCCGUUGCCCUGGGAGGAGCGCCUAAGGAUCGCCACCGAGAUCGCGGGCGCGCUCACGUACCUGCACUCCGCGGCUUCAGUGUCGAUCCUGCACAGAGACGUCAAGUGCAUGAACGUGCUCCUGACGGACAGCUACACCGUCAAAGUUUCCGAUUUCGGCGCGUCGAGGCUGAUCCCGAACGAUCAGACGCACCUGGUGACCGCCGUUCAGGGCACGUUUGGGUACUUGGAUCCGGAGUAUUACCACACCGGCCAGCUCAACGAGAAGAGCGACGUUUACAGUUUCGGAGUGAUUCUCGUAGAGCUGCUGACGAGAAGGAAACCGAUCAUUCAGAACGAGCAGGGCGAGAAGCAGAACCUGUCGAACUACUUCUUGUGGGCUAUGAGGGAGAGGCACCCCCUCGAGGAGAUGGUGGAUGCUCAGAUCCUUGAGGAAGCGAGUGAGGAGGGGGUUCUGUGCAUGGCUCGGUUGGCGGAGGAGUGCCUCAGUCUGACACGAGGGGAGAGACCUACCAUGAAGGACGUGGAGAUGAGGCUGCAGCUCCUGACGGGGCGCCGUGUUGCACCGAGGGCGGGGCGGGACGAAGCGGCACGGCCUCGCUGUGAAGCUGCGGGAGACGGCGGGCGUGGUAGCGUUGCUCCGGCGAUUGGUCAGCACGGCUCGCGUCAGUUCAGCCAAGAGCAGGAGUUCAUGUCGUCUCAGCGUGUACCGCGGUAG